GCCGCCUCCUGGCUCCCAGAGCCUGACCCCAGCGCGCGGCCGCGCGGACCCUGCUCCUCUCCUGGCCGUCUGGUAGACCCGCAGGCCGGAAGUUUACUUGGGACGUUGACUUUCCGGUGGUGGAAGCUUGCAGUCCAGGAUGAUCUUGUCAAAUUCCACAGCUGUGAUGCCCUUCCUAGCUACUGUGUGGCAGGCGACAGUUCAACCAGACAGCAAUGCAUCUGGCCUGGCCCGCAGGUCUCCUCUCCGUGAUGACAGCAAGCUGGAGGCGCUCUAUAUCCUCAUGGUGCUGGGUUUCUUUGGCUUCUUCACUCUGGGCAUCAUGCUGAGUUACAUCCGCUCCAAGAAACUGGAGCACUCACAUGACCCAUUCAACGUGUACAUUGAGUCAGAUACCUGGCAGGAGAAGGACAAGGCAUUCUUCCAGGCCCGAGUUCUGGAGAGCUGCAGGGCAUGCUAUGUCAUUGAAAACCAGCUGGCCGUAGAGCAGCCCAACACAUACCUGCCUGAGCUCAAGCCUUCCUCAUGAAUGCCACAGCUGGUUAAAGGUGGACAUGCUCCACAUGAUAAUCUGAUGUUUCUAAUCACACACAUCUCAAAGUCUUUAUUGUAUGGAUGCCUCUGGGUUUCUUUUGUCAAUUUUAGGGCUUCGGAGGGAUUAAUGACACUAUGUUCCUAAAAUCACAUUCCUUCUAUAGUAGACUGUUGAUUGUUUCCCAGUAUCUGUCCCUGCCUUCUUAUAUCUAGCAAAAUUCCUGACCAUGGCUUCCAAACGUGUGGGAUGCAGGCUGGACAUAGUGGUUGUCUUAGUUACUUUUCUCAUUGCUGGGCCCAAGAACAAAUUCUCUAGGCCGCCACCAUUCUGGAACAUGGUGCUCUUGGGCUUUCUUCUCAAAGCAAAUGCUUUCGCCUUUACAACCCUGGGCCUACAAAGGCUGGUUCUUGUGAUGUCCUCAGACCAUCUUUUCUUUUCUAUUGUUUGAAAUACUUGGCUUUUCCUUGGUAGUCUUUUUAGUGGCCAAUUUCUCCUCUGUUCCAUCCUUGCAGGCUGCAACUUUACUGGAGCUUCCUUUCUGUCCAAAUUCACAACAUUUUGAAUCAUUCAGCUAGAUUCUUUGCUCUUGAUUAUCAACAUAAAUCUGGCUAAAAGCCCCAACAGUAGCCAUGCUACCACCUCAACAUUAGACUGCCUUGAAAUUUCUUCUACAAGAUUAGUCCACUGCCCUUAAUCUUAGUCUAAUGCAAAGUCUCUGAACAUGAGCAAAAUGCCAACAAACUUUCUGCCAAGACAUAACACACAUUAUCUGGAGUCCAAAAACCAGUGUAAUCCUUCUCAGCAGAAAACUCCUGAGCCUAGUCUUUACCAGAUCAUUUCAGUCAGCAUUCUGGUCUUCUGAGCUCUGACCAGAAUCUCCCAUCAAGUGCAGUCUAAAGUAUUCCAGCUCUACUUUUUCAGCCAGCAUCUCAACUUUUCUUUUUUCCUCCCCCUCCUAUAAGCCAGUUCCAAAGGCUCCUGAACCACAUGGUCAGGUACAGUCAU